UAUCGGCCAAACAUCUCUCAAAUUAUUCAGUUACAACUUCACCUUAAACGGAUGCAGACUGGGACUCCACGGAGACUUGUGUUUCUCCACGUAUUUUUGAAAAUGCUAACUGGUUGUAAACCGCAGAAAAGAUAAGAACGGAAGCCCAAUGAGCGACAUACAGUCAACAAUCACUGACAGGUUUCCCAAAAAAGUAAACAGAACCAGUAGCAUUCUUAGCAAAGAUCAUCCCCCCGACAAGAAACCCAAAAGUGACAAACCUUCAACUCCCACCCCAAAUGAACUCGACCCCACAGACGUGUUGGUGCAGAAGAGUGGCUGUGUUGUAACUGAGGGGAAGCCAGAGUCCUGUGGGCUGGUCCAGCGAUGCGUAAUCAUUCAGAAAGACGAGAAUGGUUUCGGGCUGACGGUGAGCGGAGACAACCCUGUGUUUGUGCAGCUCGUCAAAGAGGAUGGAGCUGCAAUGCGCGCUGGUGUCCAGACCGGUGACAGGAUCAUUAAGGUGAAUGGGACCUUAGUGACGCAUUCAAAUCACGUCGAAGUCGUGAAAUUAAUCAAAUCGGGCUCUUAUGUGGCCCUCACGGUAUUGGGGAGACCCCCAGGGUUACCUCAGAUCCCACUGUCAGAGGUGGACGGUAACCUCGAUUCGUUCGGGAGUUCCUCCGUCACCUCCCCGUCUUCCGUCGGUCAGACCCCAGCCAGCCGGCCGUACAGUCCCGCGGACCGCCUCUCAUCGUCUUUAGGACCAUGGGAAGAGAACAACCGCGUACACAGCCAAAAAGUGGACAGCCUCCAGAGGAUGCUGUCCAGGGAGCAGCAGGAGUUACAGGGAAUGAAGGAGGAGUACAGCAGGAACCCCACGCCCAAACUACUGAAGGAAAUCAAGGAGGCAGAAAAGCACAUUCCACAGCUGCAGGGCCAGCUCAGCAGAGCCACCGCAGGAGCGCAAGACGGCCUGCAUCAGGGGGACAGUGAGGAUGGUGGUUCUGCUGAAGCGGACCAGAGAGGGGAUGUCAGCUCGGACGGCUUCUGGAACAGCACCUCAGUUUUCCGUGGUUUUCCUCUGGGUUCUCCAGACAGUCUCAGCCAAAGAGAGUCCAGCUGUCACAGCCCAAAGAGUACACCCAGAGACAGUCUCAACUCCUGCCCUUCCCCUGAAGCAGACGACACCCUAGACCCAGAUUCCAACUCCAACACGCCAACCUCACGCUUGACCUCCCAGAUCAUCGGAGCAGAGGACGACUACUUUGACCCAGAUCAAGAACAGGUUAAUGGCCAGUGCAGCUGCUUCCAGAGCAUCGAACUUCUCAAGUCCAGACCUGCCCACCUGGCAGCCUUCCUGCAUCACGUAGUGUCUCAGUUUGAUCCUGCUCCGCUGCUUUGCUAUCUCUACACUGACUUGUAUAAGCAGACCAACUCCAAAGAAACCCGUCGAGUCUUCAUGGAAAUAUUCACUUAUUUCAUUGACAAAGCGGCACACUUAAAAGUAGCAGUGCCUGAGUCCAUCUCCUGUGACCUUGAGCGGCGGAGGCCGGAGCUCAUUCCUGAGGAAAUACACAGACAGUAUGUGCAGUUGCUGCAGGAGACGCUCCUCCCCGAGGUACAGAGGAACCUGGAGGACUUUAGGCAGAAACGCAGUAUGGGGCUAACUCUUGCUGAGGGAGAGCUGGCACGUUUGGACACUGACCAACUCAAAGACAGCGUGGCCAUGGAGAGAGAGCGAUCCUGCGCUGACACUAUCAUCAGCAAAAUAGAUGAUGUUCUAUUAACAGCACAGCACACAGAAGAAGAUAAAUGCUCCACCAUACAGUUUGUCAUUGCAACUUACAUGAAGCACCUUGGGAUAAGAGUCAAGGAGCAGCGCAAUCUGGAGUCCAAACGAGUGCGCAUCAAUUUCCUCCCCAAAAUCAAGAACAGAAACAAGACUGAGAAAGAAGGGGAAGAGAAAGCAAAGAAAACCCGAUUUCCCAGCAUUCUCGUGCCCCCACGACGGACGAGUCGAGUAGAUCCGCCAGCGAUAGGUCGUGCUAUGGACCUGAACAAGCAGAGGCCGCAGAAGCAGCUCUCCCAGCCGACCAUGGGCGUGUCGGAGCCCGUGGACAGCAGCCGUCUGCGCGGAAGCCAGUCCAGCGACGGCUCGGAUCUCACGCAGAGCCCGGCCUUCGCCAGCAUCCCUCCCAACACCUCCCCGUGCAGCCCCGCGUCAGAUCCCUCCGGCAGGGACUCAGAAUCUGGGAUGAGUCCCGUGUCUGCGCUGUCUAAGCUGGCGGAGAGUUCCGGAGACGUGCUAGACGGCGUAUACUCCCCUAACUCCCAGUCCGACUUCAGUCCGUACAGUCUGGACCAGCUGGAUGAAGAGAGAGUGAGCGAGAGAAUCCUCGAUGUAGGAACACCGAAGAUGAUGAGAAGGUUGGAGAGCUCUAGCUGUACGGAGGUACAGAGUGAAGACGACCAAGGCAGCGACAUUUACUCUGAUCCUCCCCAAAACUGGCAGCAGCUUGUGGGGCGUGAGGUUCUCGCAGGCCUGACUCCUCACGAGAUCAAGAGGCAGGAAGUCAUCAAUGAGCUUUUCUACACUGAGCGUGCUCACGUGCGCAUGCUCAGAGUCCUGGAUAAUGUGUUCUAUCAAAAACUGACAAAAGACAACAUACUGCCCCCUGCUGACAUCAAAAGCCUCUUCGCCAACCUGGAUGAAAUCCUUCAGUUACAUGUUACAAUAUGUGAGCAGAUGACAGCAAUUCGCAAAAAGAACGAGACAUCGGUUAUUGACCAAAUAGGAGAUGAUUUACUCGCAUGGUUCAGUGGUGGCGAAGAAGAGAAGAUCAAACUGGCAGUGGGGACAUUCUGCAGCAACCAACCCUUUGCUCUGGAACUCAUCAAGAGCAAGCAGAAAAAGGACCAGCGCUUUACCUCAUUCAUACAGGAGGCGGAGAGUAAUCGCCUGUGUCGCAGGCUUCAGUUGAAGGACAUCAUUCCCGCCGAGAUGCAGAGGCUCACCAAGUACCCGCUGCUCCUGGAAAACAUUGCCAAGUACACAGAUGACGGCAAGGAAAAAGAGAAAGUCAGAAGGGCGGGGGAACGCUGUCGAAAGAUCCUCAACCACGUCAACCAGGCGGUAAAGGAAUCAGAGAAUAAACAGAGACUGGAGGACUACCAGAGACGGCUGGAUCUCUCUUCGCUGAAGCAGAGCGAAAAUCCCAUGAUCUCAGAGUUAAAGAAUCUUGAUCUGACCAAAAAGAAGAUGGUCCAUGAAGGGCCACUGUCCUGGAAGGUGAACAAAGACAAAACUAUUGAGCUGUACACAUUGCUGCUGGAGGACAUCUUGGUGCUGCUGCAGAAACAGGAUGAGCGUCUGAUCCUUAAAUGUCACAGUAAGAAUCUGGCCGGCUCCGCAGACACCAAGCACAUCUUCAGCCCCAUCAUCAAACUCAGCACCGUACUGGUGCGCUCAGUGGCUACAGACAACAGGUCUUUCUUCGUGCUGUCCAUGUCAGAAAACGGAGCGCAGAUCUAUGAGCUGAUGGCUCAGACAGUGUCUGAGCAGAGAAUGUGGCAGAGGCGAAUCACCGAGAGAGCCGACGCCAUGAAAGUCAAACCCCACAGUGUCAUACCUUUACCUCAGCCAGAUGAGGAGAGAGAAGGUGUGGAGAUCACCGGAUCUGGAGGCUCCAAAAUCACCAAAGGCUCCGACCGUACCUCCUCCGGAAGCAUCCAGUCCUCCGGUGGUCUACAGAGCCCUCUCUCAGAAGAGGGACUCCGACCCGAGGAAGACAGGCAGGGCCAGGAGGAAGGCUACCUCGACUGUGACGUUCAAGACAGCGGGAGCGGGGACCCCGGCCCCUUCCUUUCGAAAGCUGACGAAGCCUUGAAAACCCUGGCAGCACUGAAGCAGGUACUGGUGACUCAGCUGAUGGCUCAGGAUGACGGAGAGCGAACGAGUCGUUCGGCAGGGGGUCGCCUCCUCAGGACCACGUCUCUGCGUACCCCCGUAGAGAGCAGCUCAGGACGGAACCCUGCCCCCAGAGACGCCCAGGCGCAGGACCUGACCUCAGGAGACACCGGAUUCUUCGAGGGCCCGGAGGACUACGGUUACCUGGUGCUGGAAGGCUUCACCGGUUCAGGGGAGAGCAGCACAGACGACGACCUGCAGGUCGGGGGAAAGGAGCUGGGACUGACUCGGGGCUGUGCCGCAGACUCAGGCAUCAGCCUCAAAUUCUCCUCACCUUCCUCAGGAAGCACCUCCCGCCUCAGCCGAGAGGUCCUGUCCCACCUGCGCACCCUGCAGGCCAACCUCACCUAUCUGAAGGACGUGGAGACAAAGUAUCGCGAUCUACAACACCAAAUUCAAGCGACACAGGCGACGGGCGACACAGAGGAGAGCAGAGAGGCCAGGUCUCUGGCCAUUAGCCCAAGCAGCCUCCAUAACAGCCCCGAACAGGCUGCUUCCAUCCUCGUCACGGCAACGAGAGGCCCCUAUCGCCAACCCUCGCGACUAAUGCAGAGAGGCCAAGAGGACCUCCUCUUCACCCCUCUUUUUUUUCCCCAUACCAUCGCAUAG